AUGUUCAAGUAUCGGAUCCGUCUGUUUUUCAAUGAACUCAAAGUGUUGCUACUGAUGCGCUCUGGAUCCAGCAGCAGCCGCAGCAUCAGCAUCAGGACCGACACGGGCACAGACCCACAGCCGCACACCAGGAUGAGGGGGCUGCCUAUGGGAGACUGUGGCUGGCCACCGCUCAGCUGCUCCCACCGGGACGACGAGGAGGAAUAUUAUGGCUCUGACCCCCGGCCCUGCAGCCUAGCGUUGGAGGAUAAAGAAGAAGGAGACAAGCCCCAUGGAGGAGGAGACGGAGGGGAAGGAGGAGGCCUGGAUGCUGCCUCCCUGCCAAGUCUCUCAGAUAACUCACCGCAGUGCCGGAUCUGCUUCCAGGGGCCAGAAAAGGGGGAGCUGUUGAGCCCAUGUCGCUGCAAUGGCUCUGUGCGUUGUACCCACCAGUCCUGCCUUAUUCGAUGGAUCAGUGAGAGAGGCUCCUGGAGCUGUGAGAUAUGCUACACCAAGUACCAGGUCCUGGCCAUCAGUACCAAAAACCCACUACAGUGGCAGUCCCUCUCUCUGACUGUGAUCGAGAAGGUGCAGAUCGCAGCCAUCAUCCUUGGCUCCUUGUUCCUCAUCGCGAGUAUCUCCUGGUUGGUGUGGUCCUCUCUCAGCCCCUCGGCCAAGUGGCAGCGGCAGGACCUGCUCUUUCAGAUAUGCUACGGCAUGUACGGCUUCAUGGACAUUGUUUGUAUAGGCCUUAUAAUCCAUGAAGGGUCGUCUGUUUACCGAAUCUUUAAGCGCUGGCAGGCGGUGAACCAGCAGUGGAAAGUGCUGAACUAUGAGAAGGCGAAGGACUUAGGUGACCUGUUCAACUCUGGCAGUAAAGGUCGCGUUGAGAGGAACUCUUCUCACACCGUCACAGACAGCAGACGGAGGACGAAUCGCCAUGUCAGGACUAUUCUCCACCACCACUGUGGCUACACUCUUUUGCACAUCCUCAGCCAGUUAAGACCCAACAGCCUGCGCAGUGCCAACCAUGAGGUGGUCAUGAGAGUGACCACUGUAUGA